UUCUUGACAAAUUGGCAACACAUUCUAUAUUUAAGCAGCUUUUAAAGCUUAGAGAAUUUGCAGCUUAUCAGAAUCAGCUCAUUUUAAAUUAUGGGGAGAAAAAAAAUUCUGAUCAACAUAACGUACUACUUAUGAGAAAGCUCAAACAUAUCUACACAGCUUCGAUGCUGAAGAAGAAUAGGGGUCUUCAUUCUACAUCUCAUUAUUCGAAAGAUUUUUGGAAUGAAACUUUAAAAUACCACUCAGCUCACAUGCAUAGAAUAGGGAAAAUUUACGAGCUCAUUAUCGUAGGUUUUAUCUACACUGAUAAUGUUAUAGCUGCUAGAGUUUUACUAGAUAAAAAUUCAGAAGGCCAUCAAAGUUUUGAAAACUCGGAUCAUUUAUCAGAGCGACAGAUCAAUGGAAAUGGAAGACGCACUUAUGGCGACAAUAUAGAGAUUAAUUCUGGUUCAGAGCGAUUUCCUUUUAUAUUGAAACGUUCCAAAAUCCCCAAAUAUAUUUUGAAUCCUAUGGCAUCACCUUUACCGACAUUUGUCCCAACUAACUUCUCCAUCAACGAAAUGAAACCCCCAAAUUAUAUCCACCAUAGUCAAAAUAAUUAUCAAGGUAUUUCGCAGAAAACUUCUCCCAAUUUCGCACAUAAUUCCACUUCAUUGCAUAUAACCAUCGCUCACACUUCUCAAGCUACGCCGGUACAAGCUAAAAACGAUUUAGAGUGUGUUUCUGAAUUAGAGAGCCAAAUUUUCAAUUCGCAUGAUAAUAAUGAUAAUUUAUAUCCACUGUCGCAACAAGAGCACCGCAAAUACGAUAAUGUUUACAAGUUUCCAUUUGGGAUAGUCAGCUGUUUAGGGGAACGUUAUUGGGUCGUAUAUUUGGACAAAUGGUUACGGGUUCCAUCCAUUUUUAAUGCUAGACUUCAGAUUUAAAAUCUUUCGAAGACGUGGGCCUGCCAUUUUUAACCAUUAUAACAUGUGUGAUCUAAUGAACCAAUCAAACUUGUUACCUAUUAAGAGACCAAUCAAAUUUAUUAUACAAAUUUUCUAGAUUUUAUUAGAUUUGAAAAA